AAUCAUUCAUAUAAUUGAAAAUAGAAGUAAAAAUAUUGAGAAAGUAAGGAAAUGCAGAGUUAGGAACGAGAGUGAGAAUGAUAGUUAAAAAUCGGGGGUUGCUCUUUCGAAGCAAUCGGAGAGUGCGCUGCUGAACCCCACGUGGUGGGUAUAAGAAGAGCGGUGCGUAUCGUUACCAGUCAUUGUACAUCUUAUUUUUCCGGAGUUUAGUAAGUGUCGCGCGUAUCAUAUAUUUACAUAAAACAGAGGAAACGGUAGUGUCUCGAUUUUUCGAAUUUCAUCAUUGUUUUUUUCAGUGAAAAAUUAGUUUUUGCAUCGGGAUCUCGGUCAAAACAAUGAAAUACAGUAUCUAUAUAAAAGAUAUGUGGCUGCUUCUUUCUAUGGUUUCUUUUUUGAUAUGUGCGAUUGUUGCCAAUACAAAUAAUGACGAUUCUACUAUAGCAGAUGUAAUGGGACUGGGGAAUGAAAAUAACGAUAUAACAACUGAGAUUCAUACCGGAAGACUUUCGAAAGAUACAUGGAAAACAUGGAAAAAAGAAUCGUUCAAAGAAAGAAGAAAUGGAAAAGAAAUUAAUCCAAAUAUUUUUUUAACAGAAAAUGGAGAAAUUAUAGAAACGUGGUUUGAUUUACCUACAGAAGAUAAAAGAUUUAAAAAAGUUUUACAAGAAAAAAAUCCUUGGUUUUAUUAUUAAAGCAAAAGAUUGAACUAUAAACCGAACGUCUCUAAUCGUAGACGCGGAGUAUUUGAUAGAUGGGGUGGAAAACGAGGAAAAAGAUGUGCUCAAUUAGAUAUUGAUUCACAAACUAAACGAACAAAAAUUAUGAACGAUGUAUCUCUGAAUGAAUUUAAAGAAACAGCAAAUACGAAAAAAUUCCACUGGAUACCUUUUAACAGUUGGGGUGGAAAAAGAACAGAAAAAUCGAACAAUCGAGAAUCAUUUUUAAUAUUCUCGAGGAAUCCUAAUAAUUUACGCAACUUGGAUGUUAUUAAAGAUGGAUUUAUUUUGGAAAGAAAUAGUGGAAAAAUUGAUGAAGAAAAUCUUGCGGUUCAAAUGAAAAAUUUGUUAUCUACUGUGUAUAAGAAUUCAAUCGGGAAACGCGAUCCUUUUCUUUAUUCGAUACCUUUGCGUCUAUCUAAUAGAAUAAGCGAAGGAAAAUACACGAUAGAAGAUGAAAUUACCAAGAAUUGGCCAUUAUCAACGCCUGAGAAAAAAGCCGAACAACGUAAAAAAACAAAAUUCAAUCCUUGGGGUGGAAAAAGAAAUUUUGAAAUAUAAGAAUAUUUUUGGAAAUAGAUACUUCACAGUGCCUGCAUAUUCUUUAAAGAAUGACAAGAAUUUUUUUCUUUUGAAUGAAUAUAAAUAAUUGGAAACUCAUUAUUUUAUA